CUUUCCUUCUCCUAAUUAUCCUCCGGUUUUUCCCAGCCUCUUUAUUCUUGGGUUUCUAGCCCAUAUAAGUCUGUUUUGGUUAUAACCUACGACUUAUAUUUGCCGCCAACUAUUUUAUUUUCCCGCGAGGAGCUGAUUAAGUUGAGAACUGGCUAUCUCCGACAUUAUAUAGGUAGAUUUGGUACCUACAUAGCUUCUUGCGCCGUGUCCUAUUCACAGGUUGUCUAUGACUACAUCGGUAACUGCCUAACAGCACACUGGCCUUAACUCAAGUCAGUCCAAGCACUCAUCGGAGCUUCUAGUCUAUUGCUAUCUCCUAUUUAAACUGACCGCCUUCCUAAGCUAACUUUGCAACCCUCUAGAUUAAUCUAGGCCACACAAGAAGUAGUAUCCACCGUCGCAUAUCGACUCGAGCCCAAUAACACUUGUCGCAUCUAUAUUCCGAGUUUUUUUUUACGUUGGAAAAUAUGGCAGGCUUUGCAACAGAUCUCUGGGAAUCUAUCUUCACUCCCGGAACGACUCCAACCCUCCUCGUCGCUACCAACGCUACAUUCGCUUGUUUACAGCUCGUACUUCUUCUCCUACUAGUCGGGACAUAUAGUAUUCACUUCGUGAUACUCUCAUUCCUGUGUGGGGGGCUCUGGUGGGCUAUCAACUGGUUCGCAGCCGAGUUGAGGGUAGCACAAGCCAAGGAGGCCCGGGACAAGGCACGUUCCGAACAAAGAGCAGCUGCACAAUCCUCGGACGAAAGCGAAGAAACCGAAGUAGAAACCGCUUUCAUCGCAAAGGGGAAACCUACCACAGGAAGCAAGGAAGUGGAAGUUAUAGAACAGACGGGAGACCUGAAGCUUCGAACGGAACCUUCGUCCGGAACAAAAUCUAGUGUUAGUACGGAAGACGAGUGGGAAAAGGUAUCCGAGAAUGAGAACGAGAAGGACAAAUAAACUGUAACCUAGACGAAUAUAAUUAUAUACGCUUGGGGUCGGAGUGGCAUUUGCACGAGCAUUUGUAGCGAGGUUGGGUUAGUAGCAUAUAUACCUUGCAUUUCAGGACUUCAGCGUUGAUUAUCAUCUUGCUCUUUACAUCUACUAGCACGUUUAUAGUUGAGGGGAUACUUCUUAUAUUGGAUUUAACCGGCUGUCAAUAUAUAAAUAAUAGUCAAUAUAUGUGUCUGAAGAUGGCCUGGCAUAUAAGAUAUAUUUAGGUAGCUUAUACAUGUUUAGAAUGACGAAUCGAAGCUC